AUGGGAGAUUCCAACGAUAAAGCCAUCUGUUCAAAAUUAUCAUUGUCAUCAUCGUCUUCUUCUGGAGAUUCUGAACCGGAGGAGUUGCAACUUAUAGAAAGAGCUCCACCAUUUUGGAGGAAUCCUAGAGGGAAAAAAUUGUCUAAACAACUUUCCAUGUGUGAGACUCCCAGAGACAUCGCAUGGGACAGGCGUCGACGCCAAAUCCUUCAGCAAGAAAGAAAGAAGAAUGGGAUCAAUAAUGAAAAUGAUUACUUGACAGAUGAGGACCUGAAUGAGCUCAAAGGAAGCAUUGAGCUUGGGUUUGGAUUCAAUGAAGAACAGGGUCAAGGACUAUGCAACACAUUGCCUGCGCUUGAUCUUUAUUUCGCAGUGAAUCGCCAGUUUUCCACGAGCCCUGUUUUGUCCCCAGCUACUCCUAAUAGCAACCGGUCUUCGGGUUCAACUACAGGCUCAUCAUCAUUGUCUUCUCUUGGAGACUCAUCAAAGUCUCUUGGAGAAAGAUCUUCAUCAUUUGGAAGCCCCAGAAGCGGCGACUCAGAUUCAUGGAAGAUUUUGGCCCCAGGCGAUGAUCCUCAACAAGUAAAAACAAAAUUGAGGCAUUGGGCACAAGCCGUUGCAUGUUCUGUGAUGCAAUCUUAUUAA